AUGGACUACGAAAACGAUCCAGGAUGGCAGUAUCUAAGGCAAUCACGCGAACAAAUGAUCGCGGACCAGUCGAAGCCAUAUGACUCGAAAAAGGAUUGUUGGGUUCCAGACGCCGAAGAGGGCUUCAUUUCGGCUCAAGUUAAGAGCACCAAAGGUGAUAUGGUCGCAGUUGUCACAUCACGAGGAAAUGAGGAGUUUCAUGACGUUUCGGUGGAACAUUCGAAAAUAUUUUUCGUGCUUGUCAAAUAUCUGUUCUUCCAGGUGACACUGAAAUCGGAACUUGUGCAAGAGAUGAAUCCACCAAAGUUCGAAAAGACUGAAGAUAUGUCGAAUUUGACAUUCUUGAACGAUGCAUCUGUACUUCACAAUCUACGAGCACGAUAUGCUUCUAUGCUCAUCUAUACAUAUUCUGGCCUAUUCUGCGUUGUGAUCAACCCAUACAAACGUUUACCAAUCUACACGGAUUCUGUAGCAGCAAUGUUCAUGGGCAAGAGAAGAACUGAGAUGCCACCCCACUUGUUCGCCGUUUCAGAUGAAGCAUAUCGAAAUAUGCUUCAAGAUCACGAAAAUCAGUCGAUGUUGAUCACCGGUGAAUCUGGAGCCGGUAAAACUGAAAACACCAAAAAGGUAAUUGCAUAUUUCGCAGCUGUCGGUGCGUCUCAACAGGAAGCCAAAACUGCGAUUGAAGGUGGUAAGAAAAAGGUCACUCUUGAGGAUCAGAUCAUUCAGACGAACCCUGUUCUUGAAGCUUUCGGUAAUGCUCGAACAGUGCGAAACAAUAAUUCAUCUCGAUUCGGAAAAUUCAUCCGAAUUCACUUUUCAAAGAAAGGAAAAGUCGCCUCUUGUGAUAUUGAACAUUAUCUUCUCGAGAAGUCUCGUGUAAUUCGUCAGGCGCCUGGAGAGCGAUGUUAUCACAUCUUCUAUCAAAUUUACUCAGACUUUAAUCCAACCCUCAAAAAAGAUCUGUUAUUGGAUCGUCCUCUCAGAGAGUACUGGUUCUGUGCUCAGGCUGAACUUACAAUUGAUGGCGUUGAUGAUAAAGAAGAGCAUCAACUAACUGAUGAAGCAUUCGAUAUUUUGCACUUCUCAGCGGAAGAGAAAAUGGACUGUUACAAAUUGGUAGCAGCCAUCAUGCACAUGGGUAACAUGAAAUUCAAACAAAGACCUCGUGAAGAACAAGCUGAGCCCGAUGGUACAGAUGAAGCUCAGAAGUCAGCUAAAAUGUUCGGUGUCAACCACGAAGAGUUCUUGAAAGCGUUAACCAGACCUCGUGUCAAGGUCGGUACCGAAUGGGUUUCGAAAGGUCAGAACAUCGAGCAGGUUACGUGGGCUGUCGGUGCUAUGGCAAAGGGUCUGUAUGCACGUAUUUUCAAUUGGUUGGUCAAAAAGUGUAACGAUACUCUUGACCAAAAAGGCAUUUCACGAGACUACUUCAUUGGUGUACUGGAUAUCGCUGGUUUUGAAAUCUUCGAUUUCAACUCAUUCGAACAGUUAUGGAUCAAUUUCGUUAACGAGAAAUUGCAACAGUUCUUCAAUCAUCACAUGUUCGUAUUGGAACAAGAGGAAUACGCUCGAGAGGGCAUUCAAUGGACCUUCAUUGAUUUCGGUCUAGAUUUACAAGCUUGCAUUGAGCUGAUUGAAAAACCAUUGGGCAUUAUUUCGAUUCUUGAUGAAGAAUGUAUUGUGCCGAAAGCGACUGACUUGACUCUUGCACAAAAAUUGAACGAUCAGCAUCUCGGCAAACAUCCCAACUUCGAAAAGCCAAGACCACCAAAGGGCAAGCAAGGUGAGGCACACUUCGCGAUGCGACAUUACGCUGGUACGGUACGUUAUAAUGUGCUGAAUUGGUUGGAGAAGAACAAGGACCCGUUAAACGACACUGUUGUCAGUGUUAUGAAAGCAACUCAAGGCAACAAGCUUCUGAACGAAGUCUGGCAAGAUUAUACCACACAAGAGGAACAAGCUCUUCUAGCUAAAGAAGGUGGCCCCGGUAAGAAACACGGAAAAUCGGGUUCAUUCAUGACUGUGUCGAUGUUGUACCAUGGUGGUGGAGGAGGUAAAAAGAAAGGCAAAUCGGGUUCGUUCAUGACCGUGUCGAUGUUGUAUCGUGAGUCAUUGAACAAGUUGAUGAACAUGUUGAACAUGACACAUCCACACUUCAUUCGUUGCAUUAUUCCGAAUGAGAAGAAGACCUCAGGUCUUAUUGAAGCAGGUCUUGUACUUAACCAGUUGACAUGUAACGGUGUACUUGAGGGCAUCCGUAUUUGCCGCAAAGGUUUCCCGAACAGAAUGUUGCAUCCAGACUUCCGUCACCGCUACUCGGUUCUUGCCGCAGAUGAGGCUAGCAGUUCGCCAGAUGCCAAAAAAUGCGCUGAAGCCAUUCUUAACAAACUUGUUACAACCCAGAAAUUAACUGACGAAAACUUCAAGAUGGGUGAUACGAAGGUAUUCUUCAAAGCCGGUGUUCUGGCUAAACUUGAGGAUAUUCGAGAUGAAGUACUCAAAGUGAUCAUGACCAAAUUCCAAGCAUUUAUCCGAUGGUACUGCGGUUUGGUGGAUCGUAAACGUCGUAUCGAGGAAAAUGCAGCUAGAAUCAUCGUUCAACGUAACGUCCGUAUGUGGUGUUCACUUCGAAAAUGGGAAUGGUUCAAACUGUACACAAAGGUGCGACCAAUGUUACGUGAGGGUAAGAUUGCUGAACAAAUGGAGCAGCUGAACGAGAAGUUGAAAUCGCUGGCAGACGUCCUCGAAAAAGAAUCCAAACUGCACAAAGACCUCGGUGACAAUUCGGCAAAACUGAUCGCUGAGAAAACCGAUUUGUUGGCUCAAUUGGAAAGUGUCAAGGCACAGUUGGCCGAAGCUGAAGAACGCGUACAGGCUGAAAGUGCUGCGAAAGGCGAUAUCGAUAAGAAGCUUGAGGAACUGAAUGAACGUCUGGCGGAAACCGAAGACAGCAACGAAGACAUGCUUCGUGCUAAAAAGAAGGCUGAAAGUGAAGUGGAUGCUUUGAAGAGGCAAAUUCAAGAUUUGGAAAUGAGUGUCCGCAAAGCGGAAUCCGAGAAGCAAUCAAAGGAUCACCAGAUUCGUUCGCUUCAAGACGAAAUGCAAAUGCAAGACGAAACAAUCGCUAAACUGAAUAAAGAGAAGAAACAUCAAGAGGAAAUGAACAAGAAAAUCAUGGAAGAUUUGCAAGGUGAAGAGGACAAGAGCAACCAUGUCAAUAAAAUCAAAGCUAAAUUGGAACAAACCUUGGACGAGUUAGAAGAGAAUUUGGAACGUGAACGCCGUGCUAAGGCAGACACUGAGAAGGCCCGCCGAAAGGUCGAGGGUGAGUUGAAGAUUGCACAAGAAGGUAUCGAAGAGGCGACUCGUCAGCAACAUGAUUUGGAGAAUAAUUUGAAGCGUAAAGAAGCCGAAAUGAACAAUUUGAGUAGCCGUCUUGAAGACGAACAAUCAAUCGUAAGCAAACUACAGAGACAAAUCAAAGAGGCACAAGGUCGUGUCAGUGAAUUGGAUGAGGAAUUGGAAAGCGAACGAGAAUCACGAACCAAAGCCGAUAAAGCCAAAUCUGAUUUGCAAAAAGAACUGGAUGAGUUUAAUGAACGUUUGGACGAACAAGGCAACGCAACAGCCACUCAAAUUGAACUGAACAAGAAACGUGAAGCUGAGUUGGCGAAGUUGCGACGAGAUAUCGAAGAGGCGAACAUGAACCAUGAGAAUCAACUGGUGGCUCUUCGAAAGAAGCAUUCCGAUGCAGUGGCUGAGCUGACCGAUCAGUUGGACACCAUCGACAAACAACGUCAGAAGUUCGAACGUGAGAAGGCACAGAUUCUUCACGAUAGCGAGGAAUUGGCCAGUCAACUGGAUGCAGAAACCGCGGCAAAGACAAACAACGAGAAGCUAGCGAAGCANCUACAACUUGAAGCCGAACAAGCGAACAGUAAUCUAGAAGAAGAGAUUGAAUCCAAAAAUGAGGUGUCGAGACAGUUGAGCAAAGCGAAUGCUGAGAUUCAACAAUGGCAGUCGAAAUUCGAAGGUGAAGGCAUGAUGCGAGCAGAGGAGAUUGAAGAGAUCAAACGUAAACUAGGAUUGAAAAUCAACGAAUUGCAAGAAGCGCUUGAGGCGGCCAAUCAGAAGAUUAUCUCACUUGAGAAGACCAAAUCGAGACUGACUGGUGAACUGGACGAUGCCCAGGUGGAUGUGGAACGAGCCAAUGCGUACGCAAGUCAAUUGGAGAAGAAACAGAAAGGAUUCGAUAAGGUUGUUGAAGAAUGGAAGAAGAAGAGUGACGAUCUGUCGGCAGAGUUGGACGGAGCACAACGUGAAGUACGCAAUCAAUCGACAGAUCUCAUCAAAAUGAAAGCAAAUUACGAGGAAUUGAUGGAGACCGUUGAAGGUUUAAGACGUGAAAAUAAGGGUCUUUCGAGUGAGAUCAAGGAUUUGGGUGAUCAACUGAGUGACGGAGGACGUGCCCAACAUGAAACGCAAAAGAUUAUUCGACGUCUUGAAGUCGAGAAGGAGGAGCUCCAACGUGGACUUGAUGAAGCUGAAGAUAUUGAGAGACAAUAUGCUAGUAGAAAGAAAGUAUUCAUGAAGCCAGAUAAAGUAUCCGAACUAUUAAUAACCCAAAUGAAAGAGUAUCUCACACUUGUCACUGCUGGUUUUUCACUAUGA